GAGCAGAGAGAGAGAGAGAGAGAGAGAGAGAGAGAGUCAUCGGUUUCAUAUCUGAGGAUCACUCUCCUCGAUCGGCGUUAGGGUUUGAUUAAUCGUUCAGUUCAGAAUUCGAACAGUGAACUUUCUGAAGGGUUUUUGCCGGCUAUGGAGUCUGAAAUAGUGAUCAAGGUCAAAUAUGGUGAAACACUUAGGCGCUUUAAUGCACCCGUUAAUGGAGCUGGGCAGCCGAACUUUAACAUGAAUGGAUUGAGAGAGAAGGUUCUUUUUCUCUUCAAAUUUUCACCUGAUGCCGAUAUUACACUUACUUAUAUCGAUGAGGAUGGUGACAACGUGACACUCAUUGAUGAGGAGGAUCUGCAUGAUGCCAUGAGGCAGUCCCUGGACCCCUUGAGGAUUACUGUCAAAUUGAAUGCUGAAAAGGGUGGUAUAUCUCACACCAGACUGAGUGGAAGUUGUACCCCACUGACAGUGAAAUCACCUAGAGUCCAGGAUCCUUUUCUGAAUUUAAGCAGCAGUCUUUCUGAAAGCUUGAAAUCUGUACCAGAGCCUUUGCAAGCAGCACUCUUGAAGCUGUUGUAUGACUUGGCAUCUAAAGCUGCAACCUCUGCCCCAGAGCUUGCUGAUCUUCUGGGUUGUGUUUCAAAAAUUGGGCAGUCAUACAUAAAUCCGCUGUCUGGUUCCCAGGCUGCCACAGAUUGUGGGACAUCGACUGGACCUCCUGGGAGCACUGUGACUGCUUCAGUGACCAAGAAGCAAGAGGCUUCAAAGGAUAAUGAGGUCCCAUCGGAGGUGACUCCAAAUGCUAAAUUUGAAGAGCUUACUUAUGGAACAAGUCAGAAGCUGGACUUAGGAAAAGUCUCCAGUGCAUUGAAGGCCUCAGUUACCCCUGACUCAAGUUCUGUGGAUGUUUUUACUCGCUCUUUUGGCUAUCCUUUAAAAUCUGAAUGUGUAUCUGCAAACCUUGUUCCCAUCGCAUCCAGUGUUACUGAUUGUGAUAGCAAGAAAGAGGUUAAGAAGGCAGAGGAAUGCCAUUUGAGUGUGGGGGCUGGUGAUUUUGGGUGGGUCAAUAUCAAGUCAGUUUUAUCAGAUUCUCAUGCUACUGAUAGUAAAGAGCCCAUGCCAUCAAAUGAGCUUAGGAAAUCAGUUGGCACUAGAGCUUCUGCAACUGGUGCCAAUCCAAUGGGACAUUCUACUGCAGAUUUCAAAAAUACUAACAGUGGUAGCAAAAUAGCAUGUGGUUUUUCUACUCUGAUGCCUCAGGAAAAUUGUUCAGCUGCUCCUUUCACAUCUUAUUCUUCUCAUGUAACUUCCCCUAAAAGGAGCUACAAUCACGGUCAAGGCACAAGCGGUGUAUUCCAUAUGGGUAUUGUUUGCGAUGGGUGUGAAGCUCAUCCAAUAACUGGACCUCGGUUUAAAUCUAAAGUGAAAGAAGAUUAUGACUUGUGCAGCAUGUGUUUCUCUAAGAUUGGCAGCGAGGCUGAUUAUAUCAGAAUGGACCGUCCAGUUCCCCCGCAACGUCCAUUUCCUUUUAUGAUGCAGCAUUCUCAGUUGCAUCCUCCAAAACUUCCACAUGUCAGGAGAGGUGGUGAAAUGAAGCUAAGUCAACCAAAGCUGAAUAGUUACUUCGUUGCGGAUGUUAAUGUCCUGGAUGGUACUAUUAUGGCUCCAUCAACUCCAUUUACUAAGAUUUGGCGGAUGCGGAACAAUGGUUCCAUGGCGUGGCCCUGGGGGACACGGCUUGUAUGGGUUGGAGGACAUAACUUAAGUGAUACACUUUCUGUUGAGCUGCGGAUACCAUUUGAUGGUUUACCUGUGGGCAAUGAGCUUGAAAUUGGUGUUGACUUUACUGCUCCUGAACUUCCUGGUCGGUAUCUCUCGUACUGGAGGAUGGCCACACCGUCUGGCCAAGAAUUUGGGCGGCACAUCUGGGUUCUGAUCCAGGUUGAGGCUUUUUUGAAGCCAUCAUUAAAUGAUAUGUUCCGUGGUCUGAACUUGAAUUUGCCUCCCGAAAGCUGUGAUCUGACGGGAUCUGAAAUGGUUAAUUUGAACGUUCAACCCAAGUCGCCUGAGGGUAGUCUCUUUGAGCCCGACAAUUCUAGCAAGACCACUGAUUUAGGGGAGCCUAUGGCUGAUGCAUUCCCAGAUAAGAACCGGGAGCUGAAUCUCCCCCGUGAUGCUUUUGUAGGCGCUGGUGGCGUCUCAAACCCUGCUCCUCCGAAGCCUGAUGUGGCGAUUUCAUUCCCCCUCGUUGAUCUGGCUUUACCAUUGGCCAUGAAUUCCCAUAUGCCACCGCCCCCAACCAUCUGUGUACCAGCUCCACCUGAAGGCGCCACCGAGAACCAUGUGGUUGAGCAGAGACUACUCAAGGAACUGGCGGAGAUGGGUUUCAAGCAGGUUGAUCUGAACAAAGAAAUCUUGAGGAUGAACAAAUACGACUUGGAGAAAUCGCUUGAUGAUCUGUGUGGUGUUGCGGAGUGGACUGCCAUCCUCGAGGAGCUGCAGGAGAUGGGCUUCUGUGAUGAAGAGACCAACAAGAGGCUGCUGGAGAAGAACAAUGGCAGCGUCAAGCGUGUGGUGAUGGAUCUUAUUGGUAGGAAGGUGUAAAAAUCCAAGAGGCUGCUGAUUACCUUAACAUUAUAUAUAUAUAUGGGCAGUAUGUAUGCAUAAAUAAAUCUGCUGGCUGCAGAAACAAUAUUCUGAGUCUUGUGAAUUUGUAUUUCUGGGAGAUCUUGGAUUUGGAUGGAAAACUGUGAAUUAGGUUCAAUCUUGACGAAUGAAUGACUGUUUAUUGAAUAUAUUUUAUAGAACCCUUUAGUUUUAUGAGUUCA